AUAUCCUGAGAUGUUGUGGGCCCAUAGUUGAUUCUGUGUGCGAUCUACUCCAGUUGGGCCUAAUAUUGGGCCUGAUUUUUUUCAAAAAAAUUCGGUGUUAGCUGGAAGAAAAUCGUUUGCCACCGAUCGAAUCACUGGCAUUCAACAAUAAUGGAAGCUUGUGUACCCGAAGAAGUGCUUGAGUCGCUGCUCAAUGCUUCGGAUUUAUCAUAUUCACUAGAGCAGUGCUUGCAGUUUCUUCUAGAAUCUUCCAAGACCGAUUCAGGCCGCUCUGAUCUCGCUUCCAAGGCUGUCCUUCCAUCGAUCAUUCGUCUUCUUCAGCUUCUCCCUUACCCAUCUUCCCGUCAUUAUCUGAUUCUCACUUUGAAGGUCCUCCGAAACUUAUGCGCCGGAGAGACCUGGAAUCAGGACGCUUUCGUCGAUCACGACGGUUCUGUUGUCGUUUCCGACUUGCUGGGUUCUGCGAUUGAAGAUUUCGAGACUCUCCGGUUCGGAUUGCAGGUUCUGGCGAACGUUCUAGUGUUAGGGCAGAAACGCCAGAGAAAUGUGUGGCUGCGCUUUUUCCCAGAGAGGUUCUUAGCGAUCGCCAAGGUCAGGAGGCGAGAAACCUGUGAUCCGCUGUGCAUGAUUUUGUAUGCUUGCUUUGACGGAAGCUCGGAGAUAGCUUCACAACUUUGCAGCAAUCAAGGACUCGACAUUGUUACUGAAGCUCUACGGACAUCAUCUUCGGUUGGGUCUGUAGAUGAUUAUUGGCUCAAGGUACUGGUUUCGAGACUCUGUGUUGAAGGCGAUUGCUUUCCUGACCUCUUCUCCAAACUAUACAGGACCGAUAUUGUCCAAGGUAAUGAGACAUUUACAUCAGAACACGCAUUUCUUUUGAGGAUGGUCUCUGAUAUUGCAAAUGAGCGACUGAAACAAGUGACGAUCCCCAAGGAUACAACUCAUUUCAUCAUGGGACUAUUCAAGCAAUCAAUUGGUGUUUUUGAUUUUGUUUUGGGCGAAAAAUCCGAGCUUCCAACUGGUUCAACUGUAAUCGAUGUAAUGGGCUACUCUCUGGUGAUAAUAAGGGACACUUGCGCUGGAGGAAGCCUUGAAGAACUCAAAAGUGACACCAACGGUUCAGGUGAUACUGUUGAAUUGUUGUUGUCCUCUGGACUGAUAGAGCUCCUCCUUGAUCUGCUUCGCAAACUUGAGCCUCCAACGACGAUAAAGAAGGCUUUGAAGCAGAGUCCUAGUUCUUCCUCUUCUAAGCCUUGUCCCUACAGAGGAUUUAGGAGAGAUAUUGUGUCUGUGAUUGGGAACUGUGCGUACAGAAGAAAAGAUGUGCAAGAUGAGAUCAGGGAGAGAGAUGGGCUCUUCUUGAUGUUGCAGCAGUGUGUGACAGACGACGAGAAUUCAUUCUUGAGGGAGUGGGGCUUGUGGUGUGUGAGAAAUCUGCUUGAAGGGAACCAAGAGAAUCAGAAAGUGGUUGCUGAGUUGGAGAUGCAAGGCUCUGUGGAUGUGCCUCAGCUUCGAGAGAUUGGUCUCCGAGUUGAAAUCGAUCCUGUAACAGCAAGGCCAAAGCUUGUCAAUGACACCUGAAAGAAGCAAUGUUCUCAAAUUUUACCCAUGUGUUAUGUAACCUUUUUCUCAUUCAACCUAAUUUAUUUUAUUUUGACCGCAAAGUAGAGUAAGAAUCAUGAAAAAUCAAAAUGAUGUUCUGUUAAGUAA